GCGGCCGUUCGGGCGGGCCUGGGCUCCGGCCUCUCGGUCCCCGGCCCCGGGCCGCGCCGGCGCGCUCUCGGCCGGCCGCUUCCUGGAGGUGUGGCCGGGGCGGCGGCUGCGGCGGGGCUCUCCGACCCGGCGGCUUCCCGGUUUCGGGGUGUUCUCCCGGCGGCUGCACUCGGGCAGAGCCCGCGGGACGAAGCGAGCGGCCAGAGCCCCGGGUGAGGGCGGGGGCGGCCGAGCCGCGCGCCCCGAGGCCGGAGCUCGUCCUUCCGCACGGGCGUCCUUCCCGGCGGGAGGGUCCUAGAGGCUCUCGCUUGUGGGUGUUGACCAAGUAGGAGCAGGUGCUGGAGAUCAGAAUUUAUUUACCUCUAUUUACCCAACGCUUUCCCAGCAGCUGCCGAGGGAACCGAUGGAAUGGAGAAGGUCCUAUGGCCGGGCUCCAAAGAUGAUUCACCUAGAAUCUAACUUUGUGCAGUUCAAAGAGGAGUUGCUGCCCAAAGAAGGAAACAAGGCCCUGCUCACGUUCCCCUUUCUUCAUAUCUAUUGGACAGAGUGCUGUGAUACUGAAGUGUAUAAAGCUACCGUAAAAGAUGACCUCACCAAAUGGCAGAAUGUUCUGAAAGCUCAUAGCUCUGUGGACUGGUUAAUAGUGGUAGUCGAAAAUGAUGCCAAGAAAAAAAACAAAACCAACAUCCUUCCCCGAACUUCUAUUGUGGACAAAAUAAGAAAUGAUUUUUGUAAUAAACAGAGUGACCGGUGUGUCGUGCUCUCUGACCCCUUGAAGGACUCUUCUCGAACUCAGGAAUCCUGGAAUGCCUUCCUGACCAAACUCAGGACCUUGCUUCUUAUGUCUUUUACCAAAAACCUAGGCAAGUUUGAGGAUGACAUGAGAACCUUGAGGGAGAAGAGGACUGAGCCAGGCUGGAGCUUUUGUGAAUAUUUCAUGGUUCAGGAGGAGCUUGCCUUUGUCUUUGAGAUGCUGCAGCAGUUUGAAGAUGCACUGGUGCAGUAUGACGAGCUGGAUGCCCUCUUCUCCCAGUACGUCGUCAACUUCGGGGCCGGGGAUGGUGCCAACUGGCUGGCUUUUUUCUGCCAACCGGUGAAGAGCUGGAACGGACUGAUCCUUCGAAAGCCCAUAGAUAUGGAGAAGCGGGAGUUGAUACAGAGGCAAGAAGCCGCCCUGUUAGAUCUGCGCAGUUACCUGUUCUCUCGCCAGUGCACCCUGCUGCUCUUCCUGCAGAGGCCGUGGGAGGUGGCUCAGCGCGCCCUAGAGCUGCUGCACAGCUGUGUGCAGGAACUGAAGCUCUUGGAAGUAUCUGUCCCGCCCGGUGCUCUGGACUGCUGGGUGUUCCUGAGCUGCCUGGAGGUGUUGCAGAGAAUUGAAGGCUGCUGUGACCGGGCGCAGAUAGACUCAAACAUCGCCCACACCGUGGGGCUGUGGAGCUAUGCCACAGAAAAGCUAAAGUCCUUGGGCUAUCUGUGUGGGCUCGUGUCAGAAAAAGGACCUAACUCAGAAGAUCUCAAUAGGACAGUUGAUCUUUUGGCAGGUUUGGGAGCUGAGCGGCCUGAAACAGCUAACACAGCUCAGAGUCCUUAUAAGAAACUCAAGGAAGCAUUAUCAUCAGUGGAAGCAUUUGAAAAACACUAUUUAGAUCUGUCUCACGCUACCAUUGAAAUGUACACAAGCAUUGGGAGGAUUCGAUCUGCUAAGUUUGUUGGAAAAGACCUGGCAGAGUUUUACAUGAGGAAAAAGUCUCCACAAAAGGCAGAAAUCUAUCUUCAAGGAGCACUGAAAAAUUACCUGGCUGAGGGCUGGGCACUGCCCAUCACACACACAAGGAAACAACUGGCUGAAUGUCAAAAGCACCUGGGACAAAUUGAGAACUACCUUCAGACCAGCAGCCUCUUGGCCAGCGAUCAUCACUUAACCGAAGAGGAACGGAAAUACUUCUGCCAGGAGAUACUGACUUUUGCCAGCCAGCAGUCAGAUAGCCCAGGUCACAGGAUUGUGCUGCCCAUGCACUCCUUUGCACACCUGAGAGAUCUGCAUUUUGACCCUUCCAACGCCGUGAUCCACGUGGGCGGCAUUUUGUCUGUUGAGAUAACAGUGUGCAGUCAGAUGCCUGUCCCUGUUCACAUGGAGCAGAUCGCUGUCAACGUCCACUUCAGCAUUGAGAAGAACAGUUACCGGAAGACUGCCGAGUGGCUGACCAAGCACAAGACAUCCAACGGGAUCAUUAACUUCCCAGCUGAAACUUCACCACUACCCACAUCCCAGAACAGCCUGCCUGCGCUGGAGCUACAUGAGAUGUCUGAGAGAAGCCCUUCUGAUAACUCGCUGAACACGACAGGGAUUAUCUGCAGGAAUGUUCACGUGCUCCUGAGAAUGCAGGAGAGCAGCUCUUCUCUAGACGUGCCCUCGGGGCUGGCCCUGGAGGAAGGGGCCCAUGUGUUGAGGUGCAGCAGCGUGACUCUGGAGCCAGGGCCCAACAAGAUAGCAUUCAGGACUCAGGCCAGGGAGCCUGGAACGUACACACUGCGGCAGCUGUGUGCCUCCGCGGGCCCCGUGUGGUUUGUCCUUCCUCACAUCUACCCCAUUGUGCAGUACGACGUGUACUCUCAGGAGCCCCAGCUGCACGUGGAGCCUCUGGCUGAUAGCCUUUUGGCAGGUAUUCCUCAGAAGGUCAAGUUCACUGUCACUACUGGCCAUUAUACAAUAAAAAAUGGGGACAGCCUCCAGCUCAGCAAUGUGGAAUCUAUGCUCAUUCUGUGUCAGGCAGAGAACAGAGCAGUGGUCUACUCUAACACAAGAGAACAGUCCUCCAGCGCGUUGCUCCGGAUUCAGUCCUCUGAUAAGGUCACGAGCAUCAGCCUGCCUGUUGCGCCUGCGUAUCACGUCAUCGAAUUUGAAUUGGAAGUGCUCUCUUUACCUUCAGCCCCAGCAGCCAGAGGGGAGAGUGACCUGCUCGGGACACCGGAGCCCCAUCGGAAGCACAAGGACAAGCAGAAGACUAGCCACAGCAUGGUCACCACAGACCACAAAGUAUCCAUCGACUGCCCGUGGUCCAUCUACUCCACUGUCAUUGCACUGACCUUCAGCGUGCCCUUCAGGACCACACACUCCCUGCUGUCCUCUGGAACACGGAAAUAUGUUCAAGUUUGUGUCCAGAAUUUGUCAGAACUUGACUUUCAGCUGUCAGAUAGUAACCUUGUAGACACUGGUGAUAGUACCGACCUGCAGCUAAUACCGCUGAACACUCAGUCCCAGCAGCGAAUCUACAGCAAGCAGCCGGUGUUCUUUGUCUGGGAGCUGAAGUGGACACAGGAGCCUCCCCCUUCUCUGCGUUGCCAGUUCUCCGUGGGAUUUUCCCCAGCUUCGGAAGAACGGCUGUCUGUCUCCCUAAAGCCAUAUACUUACGAAUUUCAAGUGGAAAAUUUUUUUACAUUAUAUAACGUGAAAGCUGAGAUAUUCCCCUCAUCGGGAACGGAGUACUGUCGGACAGGCUCCCUCUGCUCUUUGGAGGUGUCAAUCACACGGCUGUCGGACCUCUUGGAGGUGGAUAAGGAUGAUGCGCUGACGGAGUCUGAGGACUACUUCUCAACAAAGCUGAUGUACGAAGUGGUCGACAACAGUAGCAAUUGGGCAGUCUGCGGGAAAAGUUGUGGUGUCAUCUCCAUGCCAGUGGCUGCUCAGGCCACCCACAGAGUCCACAUGGAAGUGAUGCCUCUCUUUGCGGGGUACCUCCCCUUGCCUGAUGUCAGGCUGUUUAAGUACCUCCCCCAUCACUCUGCACACUCCUCUCAACUGGAUGCUGAUAGCUGGAUAGAAAAUGACAGCCUGUCAGUGGACAAGCAUGGGGACGAACAGCUGGACAGCAGCAGUGUCAAGAGCAGGGGCAGCACGCACUCGGCCUCCAGCAGCGAGCACAAAGGCCUGCCCAUGCCCCGGCUGCAGGCGCUGCCGGCUGGCCAGGUCUUCAACUCGAGCACUGGCAUGCAAGUCCUGGUCAUCCCCAGCCAAGACGACCAUGUCCUGGAAGUCAACGUUACAUGACAGCACCUGGGGAGCAGAUGCUGCUGCCCAGCUGUGAUUGUGCUCUGAGGGAAGGUGACUGGAUUCUCCUCUCUUCAGGCUCUAGCCAGACUCCCAGUGAUCCUGCCUGGCUACCAGGCCUCAGAGAACGUCAUUGCACAGCUGCUCUGCUGAGUUCUCGUUACUCUCGUGUUGUCUGUGAUGUAAGAUUACUUACUUUCUCACCCCAUCCCCAUGUUGGUGUCUGCGCUAUCUGCUCAGAGCCUGCUUCCUUCUGUUCACUCAUUGCUCAUAAAAGGUCCUCAUCCACCAUCCCUCCUCUGAGCAGCCUGCCACCUGCUGGCACUUCCUGGAGGCCACUUGUCUUCCAGGUGGACACUCAGUAGGCCUUGCAGUCCUCUCUGAGACAUGUGUGCCUCUCUGGUCACACAGCUGCCCAGUUUCUGGACCAGGGUGUAUUUGUGUGUUUCCUAAGGGGUAAAACACAAUCCUUUACCCCAUUAUCAUCUAGUUGUGCUUUUCUAGAAUAACCCCUAGGAGGGGUAGGCGUGGGAGGGGGGUGGAGAGGGAACAUGACCCCUUCUGUGCCUUGGGAUGCCAGAGCGAGGCGGACCUGGAGGUCCAUCCGCUGGAGCAAAGGAAAGGUACUUAGAAAAGACUUAGACUAGGGCCUGGGGAACAGCUCGCAUUGAACUCUUUAGGGAUAAAUGUUUCUGGACCCCAUAAUGUUGAUUGAAUAUCUCAUGCACUCAGAAGUAAACUAUAUAUUUAAUUUAAUUAUCAUUAUAUAUGUGGGGGUUAAUAUGUUGUUUUUCUCUUAUCUUUAAAGUCUUUCCAUGUUAAAUGUAGCUAUAUAAUCAAUAUUUUAUUUGCACCUUAAUUCUUAGAAAUUAACAUGUUCGAUUUAAAAGGAAGAUGGGGGUCCUCUCAGUGUUUUCCGGUCUGGUUGCAGUGCAGGCCUCUUGUCCUAGAAUAACUUCUGCUGGGCCACUCAGUUGCAGUCAUAAUAGUUCCAAUGGAUUGAUUUGCUUUUGGUUGUAAAUUUAAUUGUACAUAUAGUUGAUUUAUUAUUUUUAAAAAUACAGACUAACUGAUAUGUUUAUGUAUAAGUUGCACCAAAAAUCAAGGUCAGAAAUAAAUGUGAGUUUGUUUUUACUGGUGUGAAAGUCACAGCUUGUAAAUAACUGUUGUAUGUAUUAAACCUUUUCCAGCUUCCAAAGCAAUGUAUUUUUGUACAUAUGAAAUAGAGUACCCUUAAUUCACUGGGAAAGUGCGCUUCGAAUUGAACUUGACAAGAUUAAUGUAAGUGAACAUGGUUAGGUCCCCCAGAGGGUGGGACUCCCGGAGAGUAACCUCAGAGGUGUGAGCUACAAAGAGGAAAAGGAGCCUCCGUGGCUGGUUCCUGUGAGGGCUGCACUCCGGGGGCUGCAGGGCGGGUGCAGGUCUGGAACCCUCAUUUCCAGUAUUCUUCAUGUUGUCUUUUACCCACUCAGUAAAUAAAGGUUGUAUGAUCUUUCUCCCAUGUCUUUUUCAUUUGUAGAAAUUGGAGAAACAUGUAAAGAAGAUUCGAUGUUUAACUUUCAGAAAUUAUCUUCCUUAUGUGCGGUUUAAAUCUAACAAACUUGAUCAAACUAGUUAGUAAAUUAGAACUUCAGAAUCUAAUGAUAGUUCAGGUUCUCUAAGAUAAGGUUUUUGUUUUUUUUAAAAUAAAAAUUGAUGACUGCCCUACAGAUCUGCCACAUCCUGUGAAUGAGGAGAUGGUUGGGAUUUGAGCUGUCAGAAAAGCCUUUAAUCCAGAGGUUUUCAACCUUCCUAAUGCUAUGGCCCUUUAAUACAGUUUCUGUGGGUCACAACCCACAGGUUGAGAACCCCUGCUCUAAUCCAUGUUGUCAGCCAAGAGGACAUACCUUUCCUCAGUGGGUAAUCACACCUCUCUCAUCUUCUAAAGGGGGAUGUGGUUAAACAUUCCGUUUAUUACUCUUUGAUUUUCUUUUACCUGGAGCAGCAGUUCUCAACCAGUGUUUCACGACUCCUUUGUAACAAUGAAAAUACAUCCUGAAUAUCAGAUAUUUACGUUACGAUUCGUAACAGCAGCAAAAUUACAGUUAUGAAGUAGCAACGAAAAUAAUUUUAUGGUUGGGGGUCACCACAACAUGAGGAACUGUAUUAAAGAAUUGUAGCAUUAGGAGGCAUUAGGAAGGUUGAAAGCCACUGAUCUGGAGUCUGUGUCCAGGAUGAAAUUUUCUAAUUACAUACAUAUAUUAAUAUUUAGAAGAAGAAAAGGGAGAAAUCCAAAGUGUUUGUGUUUGUUUCUUAUUGUCUGGAAAUUGAAAUAGAAUUUGGCACAAAACCUUUUUUCCCUAUCCCCCCAAAAUAUCUUUUGCAAACUAAGUUACAUGAGUGCUUCUACCUUUUUAAAAGAUAAAAUGUCCUCCAAAAUUUUGUCACUGGUUUUCUUUCUAUUCAUAAGACUAAAAGGCUGUAAUUGGAUUUUUAUUGUUUACUAACCAUUUUAAACAAACUAAGGUUUAUGUGUUUGAGGCAAGGUGGUUUUGUUGAUGAAGAAGUGGCAGCUGUUAAAAUACUUGUGCAGCCAGAUAUGCAAUCUGUGUGUACCUAAAGAGCAGAGUAUGCGACUACUUUACAGCAUCUGUGGAACAUGUUAAAUACUAGCCAAUGGAAAAGAAAAUGAGUUAUAAUUUUUGUGAAUUUCAUGGGGUUCCCUAUGAUUGGAAAAAUUAUAACUCUCCUGAUUUAAAUGUGGACAUUGUAUUUAAUUUCAAAAUGACUUGUACCUAUAGUUUCAUUGUCAGCACAGCCUAGGGAAGCUCUGAUUCUGUAUUUAUAGUAAGUCUUGGUGAGGACAGAUAUCCUGUAAAGUAAUGUUUAAAGAUGAAGUUAAGGCCAGGCAAUACAGCUCACUGAGUGCCUGUAAUCCUAGCAUUCUGGGAGGGUGAGGCAGGUGCAUCACCUGAGCUCAGGAGACCAGCCUAAGCAAAAGUGAGACCCAUCUCUACUAAAAAUAGAAAAACUAGCUGGGCCUUAGGUGGGGACCUGUAGUCCCCGCUAUUGGGGAGGCUGAGGCAAGAGGAUUGCUUGAACCCAAGAGUUUGAGAUUGCUGUGAACUGUGACACCAUGGCACUCUCUCUACCCAGGGCGACAGAGACUCUGUCUCAAAAUUAAUUAGUAUCAAGUUAAACACUCCAUGUUUGUACAUAAAAUGAAAAAUCAUACCACUUUUUAUAAAAGAACUGGGCUGAUCUACGUUUACUUUCACCUGUGAUCUUUAAAGUAAGUCCUACAUGAUUUUAAAUUUUAUUCUUCAUGGCAGCGCCCCUUUCUCUGAGAAAUUUCUUCACCUUACAUGUCAGGCUGUGAGACCGGCAAACAUCACUCGUACGUUUUGUUGGGAUUCUGUAACUGGAAAAGGUGACAAGUUGGUGACUUUGAUGCUGCAAGUAUUCCAUUUUCAUGUUUAAUAUCAAAGUCUUUGCACAUUAUUCUGUAAUAUACUGUUAAACUAAAACUACUGUAUUAAGACUGUAAAUGUAAGCAUUAUAAUGCUGAAAAUACACAUUUUAAG